UUGGAAACUUUUUUGAGAAUGCACAAAAUUCCAUAUACGAACGAUCAUACCAGUAAGUUUUCCAGUAAAGGUAAAACACCAUGGAUACAAUAUAAUGGUGUCUCUGUAGCCGAUUCUCAACUUUCCAUCAAUUUCUUACGAAAAACAUUCAAUCUGGAAGAUGAAGAUCUCACGCCAGUUGAAGAAGCCACUGGUAGAGCUUUUCAGAAGAUGACAGAGGAAAACUUGUAUUGGACGAUGUGCCAUUCGUUAUUUAUAGAAAACCAAAGUCGUGUUGGUGAAGUGCUACCAUUAUAUACUGGUAUUAAACUAAAGAUAUUGAUAUUCAUAUUAUCACGAGUAUUACGAUUAGAGAUGUGGGGUCAUGGUAUUGGUCGACAUUCUAGUAAAGAUAUCGAACAGAUUGGUUCUGAAGAUCUUCUAGCUUUGUCAACUUUUCUAGGUGAAAAGAAGUAUUUUCUGGGUGAGGAACCACGGGAAGUAGAUUGUGCUAUUUUUGGAAUGUUGGUUCAGAUAGCUUAUCAUAUGCCUGGUACACCACACGAACGCCUUAUACACGACAAAUACAGAAACUUGUUGGAAUAUUGUGAACGAAUAAAGGCAAAGUACUGGCCAGAUUGGGAAGAUCGAUGUUUUAAUGCCGAUAAUGUUACAGACGACAUGGGACAUAUCUAUCAUAAGCCAAAUGGAAUGGCUUCUUGA